GAAAAAUAGCAAUUAGAUGUACUCCCCCAUUUCUUCAGGCCCAAUUUAUAGAAAACAUAAAUGAGGGCUGCACGUAGCCAGUUGAUUGUUUCCUGUAGGAAACGCCUCGGUCCACUGUGUGUGAUCUGAGCUGUGGGGGGAAAAAACUGGGGUGAGCAGUGAAGAUGGAGGCCGUAAGACCAAAGCGGACCAAGGCCAAAACCGUCGGAAAGUCUCAGUCGGCUAGAAAACAGAAGCAGGCAGAGGAAGAAAAACGAGCCACAGCUCCCUCAGCAGUCAGUGAUGAAGCCUCCGAGUCUGGCUUCACUGACAUCCCCCUCAGUCUUCCCUAUCAGGAGCCAGAGGAGGAGCAACAGGACCAUGCUCAGCCCCCUCAGACCCCAGCACAGCUGUCAGACCUGUCCUCUGAGAAACAGAAGACUUCAUCAUCGCAGACUUUAUCCUCAUCUGUGUCGAUCAAGACUUUACAAUCAACUCUCAGUGAGUCAACAGAGACAUCACAGGGUACAAAGCAUCUACAGUCAGAAAAGGUGCAAGAGAAGGAUGACAGAGUGGCAGAUCAGGGGACUGAACUGAAAGCUGCACCACUCUGCAAUGAGGUGGAAAAAGACACACAAUCAUGGAAUCAGUCUUGUACUUCAACUCAGUUUGAAAUCCCAAAUGUUCCGAGUGCCCCUGCACUCUACCCGUCUCUCCCUACACUGGAGGAGGGUCCUGUGAUACAGCUCACCAUGCAAUCUAUAAAAAAUGGUGCAAAAGGUCCUGCAGUGUUGGCGCUUCCUGAGCAGGAGUCUUCUCCCCCGAGUUUGCAGCCUCUGGAGUCUGUAGCCGAACUUUCCAUGAAAAAACUCUAUCCAGAAAUACCCGUGACAGCUCCAGAAAUACAGCCAUUCUCCUUGGAGCAGCUGAGUGUCUGGGAGCCAGGGGGAGGUUUACGAGCCUGGUUAGAAGGUGUUGAAAUGUAUGCAGUUCAGUUCUGUGCUCUGGCCCGGCAAGAGAACCACGAGCUGACUGAACUGCUGCAGAAUUACUGGCGCUGCCGCAGACAGCUCACCCAGUCACACACACAGCUACACACACAGUCUUCUGACUGCAAGAGCACACAGAACCGCCUCUGGAGCUUCAGAGAUGAACAGCUCACACUUCAGGGUGUGUGUGCAGACCAGUCCAAAGUGUGUGGGUACCAUCGCUUCCAGCAGGCAGAUUUCAGUCAGAGUGUGCUCGCUGAGCUGAGGAGACUUUUCGAAGCCCGCAGUGAGCUGCUCCAUCAAAAGGUGGCGCUGCACGCAUAUACUGCUCUGUUGUCACGACUGCAGGUAGAAUCAUACCUGUAUCGUCUACUGAAAGAUUGGUCUGGCAGCCAAACACAACCUUGUUCUCUCCAACCACUGAAGGAAGCCAUAAGUGUCCUGUUUAGCUUCACACGCAGAGUCCUCGAUGACGCACAGUUCCAAACAGACAUCCAUCACUGGCUGGAAAGAUUGGUGGCUGUCCUGCUACAUGUUGGAGGGUCAGGAGAACAUCUGUACUUGCUGUGUCAUCUCCUCUGCUGCCCUGCUGGGGUUGGAAAGUGGUCUGCACCUUUCCUUCAGAUUCAAGUUUUAGGAAGCACCUGUGGAGUGCAGCACUUCAUGCAAGCUCUGGCAAUCCUAAUGUCACCUACCAGACACCGUGCAGAGUUUCUGGGCCAUAUGAAGCCAAGUGAUAACCAAAGCUCUUCAGGUUCUGGACCUGAGUCUGGCAACUGGACCCUUGUGGAUGAAGGUGGAGAGGAGGAUGAAGACCCAGAGAGCAGCUGGCUGCUCCUCUGUGAGGAGGAUCUGAUCUCCUUACUGAACCAGUACCCCUUCCAGCAGCUCUACUCGCACAUGCUGGGCAUGAGUAAGCAGGGUGUGUAUGAGCCGCAGGCCUACUCCAGUCAGAAGAUGAUGCGUUUGUUUGCUUUCGCUUCUUCUCUCAUUGAAAUUCUCGCCCUUGGCCUACAAACCUACAACAGAGCGCGAUACAGACAACUAGUCAAACGAAUAGGACACAUUAUACGAAUGACUGUGUGUUAUGUGAGUGAUCACUGGGCCCAGUAUGUGACUGUGACCAGUGCUGGUGGGUCCAGCUCUCAUGUGCACUCUCUGUCGUUGGACAAACUGCAGCUGGAGUAUGAUCAUCUCUUCCUCAGAGCUGUUUUACAUGUGCUCAGAAACAAACGGUUGGGUAUUUGGUUGUUUAUGUCGGAGAUGCCUUAUGGUACUUUGUCGAGCUGUAUGCUGUGGAAAGUCCUGUAUGUUAUGCAGAGCGCAGAGACGGCAGGAGUCGAAACACUCAGCACUGCACGAGACACACAGUCCUGCAUUCAGUCUCUCAGAGACCCAGAGCACCAGGUGAGAUUUGAACAAUGGCUAUGUGAGGUGAACAGCUCUGACGGCAUCUCCCUCCUCACUGCACUGGCACACAUGGCUAUACCUACUCAGCACACUGACCCUGUUUUCAUCACGACUAUAACUCUGCUGAUCUACCAGGUGUCUUAUGUGAGCAUGUCGACCAGAGAAAUAUACUCCAAGGUGGGGAGGGAGUUGCUGGCUGCCAUAGCAACAGCCCAUCCCUAUGUUAUUUCUGUGCUCCUGGAAAAACUGAGAGAGACGAUACAGACUGUAGGAAUGAUGGCUCUAUACCUGUGUAAAGAGCUGCCUCUGAGUCUGUGGCUACCGCGGCCAGAGGAAAUAUGUGUGAUCGGAGCCUGGCUGCUCCUAAACCCUCUGUCUGCCGUGGAGAACCGGCUGGCCUGUGUCAUCCUGGAGGGGCUGAACUGGGGCUAUGCACAGGAUGGCUCCCUGGCGCUGCCUUCAUCUCUCCACAGUGAAGUUGCUCUGCUGGUGGCUGAGGCUUACCAGAAGUAUCUAACUGACAAACCGUACAGUGGCCUCAUAUCAGAGGGGAUCAAACAGGUCUCUUACCUUGCCAGUGUCCUUCGUUUGGGCGUAUCUCCCGAAGCUUCUUUUAGUCAGUGGGCAUGGCAGCUGUUGUUGAGACUGAAGCUCCACAGAAACAGUCAAAACCCUAAAGGAGCCUGGUCAGUUCCUGCAUCCACCCCACCUCCAGAGCUUACACACACUCCCAGCAUGCACUCUGUCCUCAGGGCUGUAAAAGCAGGCAUCCCGAUUGGAUGCUACCUUUCCAUUGCCAUGACAACAGUCGGACACAGCCUGGAAAACUUCUGCACCGAGGGAGUUGGGUUGUUGAAGAGUCUAAUUCAGUCUCGUCACUUGAAAGCUGCUGUGCAUCUGCUGGACAAAAUACUGCCGCCGACUUACCCUCUCAGCUUCUACUUGCUCAACAACUCUCAGUUUGUCAGUUGUAUGCAGCUGUUCUUGCAGUACGACAGCGUGUGUCCUCAGGGUGUGACGCAGCAGGUCACUCAUCGGGUAGCUCCACUCCUCACAGGAACCAACUACGGGGACAAUGUCCGACUGCUGAACAGCGUUAUUCAGAGCCAUGUGGUGGAGAGUUCACAGCCUGGACGCGUUGGAGCUGCAGCAGUGCUCGAGUUUUGGGUGGGAAUUCUGACACAACAGAACCUGUGGUACCGGGACAAAACAGUCCUGUUCCUCAUGGAUCAGUUAUGCUGUGCUGCAUUCACACAGCACCAGGAGGAAUGUGUGCAGAAACUCCUGUACCAACUGCACAAGGAUGCCUUGGGUUACCAUGGAGAUCGGGGUCUGCUCUCCUCUCUCGUUGGCUGGAUUGCUGGAAAUGCCACGCCCUCCUUCAUAGAGGGCCAAUCCCUGAGUGCAGAGGUUUGGUUCGCCUGGCUGGUGCUGAACAUGGAGGGUUUGGUUGAGGAAGAUUCUCAGAUGAGACGCUGUGUUGAACUUGAACUCCUCUCAGAGCCCAAUGUCUCCCCAGAACAAGCUUUAAAGAAGGCGCAGCAGAGGAUAAAGUUGCCAGUAGCUCCAUCCCUGCAGCGGUUACAGGUGUACCGCUGGGCGUGUCAGGCUUUAGCCACACCCCCCGACCACCCACUCCUUCCUCUGGUCUGGCAGAAGUUCCUACAGCUUUACCUCAGACAGCCGGGACCAGAGUAUGGACUUGCUGCUGGCGGAUGUAUCGGGCGCAGGUUCUUCCAGGCUUCAUCUCAGGCCUCUUUACUUGGAGAACUGAAACUUAGAAUCCAAGAAUUGUCAGACUUCCACCAUGCUGCCAGCCAGGCCCUCAGGGUGCCCCCUCCACAAACACCCUCAUCAGACAGUCGGAGUGAUGAAACUCCUGACAAUCCCUGUCCCUCGUACCUCACGUCUCCACAGCUACACACAGAGCUGGUCAGGUUGUUUGGUGUAUUUGCUCUGUGGCUGGAUGAUGAGACACUGCAGAAGCAGGAAGUGUACCUUCCCUCUCUUCCUGCACAGUACGAACCACACAGACUGGCACAGGUCAUGCAGCGGCAUCAGGAACUGUGGCUAGAGUUUCUGGACCAGGAGCGUCUGCAGUAUGAUGAGAGGGAGGUUUUGUCUCUGUGGGAGAAGGUGAAGAGUGAGCCAACCUUCCUGCAGGCCCAGAAUCCUGGCUUUAUUGACUGCACCAGCCCGAACAAUGCAAAGGAACGUAUCCUGUCCAACUUGCAGAAGCAUCCUAUUCCCUGUGCGCCUCCAGAGCUGCAGCAGCUCAAGGCACCCGUGGGUGAGAUUCUCACCGGCUGCUUCACUGACUCAAAAGCUGCUGCUGAACUGCUGCAGCAGGACCUCUGCAUUCUGCAAGACCAGGCCAGGAUUGCAGUGGCACGUGAAGCCCAGCAGGUGGCGAUGGAGCAGGAACUGCUGGAGAGCCUUCCUCUACUUUAUAAGAACCGGUCAGAGCAAGUCACUAUGGCCCUGGAGUGUAAAGGGAAGGGAGGGCAGCCGUGCCAGGGACCUGCAAACAUCACUGUCACAUGUGAGCGUGUCCAGAGACAGGAGGCAGUGCAGACUCAGAUAACGUCACUGUGCAGGGACGUCAAGAAACUCCAAACAGACGCUAUGGCCCCUCCACCUCAGAGCCUGGCCCAGGCUGCGGUCCACACUGAGAAUUUUAUCACGGCUCUGGUGAAUAUGUACAAGGCGCAGAAAUCUCCUGCAGUGCAGCAUGUUGGGGUGUCAGCCUUUUACCAAGUGGUCUCCUUUGUGUGCGAGGACACACUGCGACAUCCGCCAACACGGCAGUAUCUCUCCUCAUGUGUCGAGAUACUGGGACAGGUGUUUAUACAGCAUAAUCCAGAGGAGUGUGGCCGUGUCCUGAAGACCAUCCUGGAGCAGCGGCGUCUUUGCCCUCUCAUUUCCCCCUUCUUCACUCCCAACGCUGCACCCAAACAGCUCGUCUUUCUCUACCAGGACGUGGUGACGUCCCUGCACUUCGACAGUGCAGACGUCAUCUUCAUGCUGCUCACAAAGUUUGACUUGCCCCUGUGGCUGAAUGAAGCCCACCCUGUGUUUUCGGAGAGAACUCGUUUGCUGGAGUUGAUCCACGGAGCUCUCUGUGUCUGUGGCCGAGACCCAGAGCCUGAACUUCUCAUACCUUUUCACCUUUUUGCCAAACACUGGACUUGGCUGCUGCGCCACCAUUUCCCUGAUCACUACAGUGACUGCCUGCGUCUGCUCAUGACCAGCUCUUCAAACCAGUUACUGAGUCCAGAGUGCUGGAAGGUGACUCUGCGAGUGUUGGGCUGCUUACCUCCAUCCCGCAGCACUAAGAGCAAAGCUGAACAAACCCUCACUUCCACCGACGUCCCCGGCCGUGCUGUCGCACCCCAAGCCUCUCCCUACAGAUCCCCCAUCAGCCUCUCACCCCAGCAGGUGGAUGAAACAGUUCAGUGGUUGAGUGAUUACUUCCUGCGGAGUCGUCUCGGCAAACAAGACCUCCGAAGCUUCGGCCUCUACUCUGCUUGGACUCCUUACAUCAGUGACGUUGUCUCUUUCUGGGAGCAUUUGAUCAAUCAUUUAAUCAACGUUCAGUUCAGCAGCUGUGCCAGAGAGUCAGUGGGCAGCAGCAAAAUAAUAAAAGCUCUGCAGGACCUCCACAGUAAGAUUGUGAACUUAUUUAAGCCUUGGAUCUUUCCCGUGGACUGCGACGAUGGCGGAAACCUCAAGUGUUACCCCUGGCUGGAGACCGAUGCGAGUGCUGCAGAACGCCUGUUGGGACUGUACGCUCAGCUUACUGACGCGCUGCAUCACCGAUUCAGAGAUCGCUUGCUCCCUGGUCAGAGAGGAGCUCUGUGGCUGUGUAUGAUGCAGUACUGUGAGAGCUGCACUUCGCCUCGUACACCUGAGUACCUUCUGUACCUGUACCACACGCACCUCCGCAGCUUGCCCUGGAAAUGCCUUCACCCCGACACUCAGCUCAUGGAGCAGCUCUUCAAUGUGGAGAGAGGAAGUCCCAAGAGCUGCUUCCUGUUCAUGGGAGAAGUGUUAUGUGAAGUAAACUGGAUCAGCGUCCUGAGUGACCACUUGCAAACACCUUCUGCAUCUGCCACCUAUCCCACUUUACCACAGACGUGGACUCAGAAGGAGUCACACACCAUGUUAGUGUAUCUGCUGUACAUGUUAGUUUUUCUGGCAAAGGAGGAUCAGCUCCUGACUCAACAGGACUCCCCUCUGCUCAGUCUGUUGGUGCAGUCCACCUCUUUGCCCUGGCGUCAGCUGGACCUGUCCUCAUACCAAGGCAUUCUGGGAUAUGUCAGCACCCACUACCCUCCCACUUUGCUGCUCAGCGUCGAUUGUGCCCCUCAGCUGCUGCUGAAAUCACUGCGUAGUGCUGCUGGACUCCACUGCCGCGCUAAUGAAGCUCCACACAUAGAGGAGACACUGAAGGCUGGAGCGUACGUGUGCUGGUGUGUGCAGUCUUUAGUGAAUCUCGAGCAGGGAGGCAGCAUCAGCCUCGGCAGCCUGGAGGCUCAGCUGGAGACGCUUUUAGAGAGUAUUGUCACAUUCAACCCCCCAGAGACGGGUUUGGAGCAGAGGCACAUGGCAUUUUGCAGCCUCUUUAGCGACGCUCUGGCUUUGCUGAACGGCGUGGGCGUCUCAUCCGGUGAGGCGCUCGCAGCUCGUGUCAUUACCUGGCUGGACAGGAAGGGGAGGGGCUUCCCUAUUCUGCCUCUUCUCACAGCUUGCACGCGCUGUCUCGCAUCAGUGCGGCACAUGACGCGCAUCAUGGAGGCAUGCAUCACGGCGUACUUCAACCACGCUGAGGAGGAGUCUGUUGGUUGGGGUCCGGUGUUGGCAUCGCUGCAAGUGCCUGAGCUCACAGUGGACGACUUCCUAUCUGAAAGCCACGCAGGAGGAAGCUUCCUGACACUCUACGCCUUCAUCCUGCAGCGUCUCAACACUGAAUACACAGCAGCUAACGAGAGGAGGACUCUGGCUCUAAUUAACACGUGGACCAGUCAGGUCUUCCCCAGUGGUCCAGGUGAUGAAGCCAAGCUGUUUCUUUGGUGGCACAAGGCACUUUACCUGUCAGCGGAGCAGAUCCAGCCGCAGGCCGGCCUCACUGAAGUGUCGGGAGUCGUCAUGAAUCUGCUGAAGUUGCAAACCAGGCUGCUACAGCUGGGAGAAGAAAGGCAAAACUCGGGGCUGCUGGGCGCGAUAGGCCUUGGAAAAAAGUCUCCUGUUUCUAACAGGUUCAGGGUGGUGGUACGAAGUCUGGCUGCCUUCCUCUCAGUCCAGGUACCAUCAGACAACGAGCUUCGACUUCAACCCACCAGUGACCUGCAGCUCUCUGUGAAAGCCCAGCAAGCACUAGGGCUGUUGGAGGCUAUGCCGAGCAAUAAGCAGUACGCCGAGUUUGAGGAGUCUGUGAAUAAGGCUGUCCAGUUCAUUCGCUACCCAGGACACUGUCUCAAAGAUGCACCCCGACUUUUGUCCCUGCUAGCCAACCUCCUGUACCCUGACCUCAGAUACCUGCACAUUAUCCGCUAA